UCGGCGAAAACUACGGUUACUAUGGUAAUUUUUGCAAGCGCUAUUACAAACCCCUCCCAACCAGGAAGUGAAAUCCAGCACUAGUAUCCUCGAGUCCAGGCGGAAAAAGUCAAAAGAUCAACAGUGCAGAUGUAAAUGCAGUCAGUGAGAUGCAGUCCCGAUUGUGCUUCUGCGAAGAUUAAAACGCAUAAUGACGCGAUCUUUAUACGCUUCAAUUGGCGCUGACGCCGCUGUUAAGAGCAACAUUUGCAAUGCUAUCUACAUAAGUGCUGGCAGGGGAUAACGUUAGUCUUAAACGAUAACUUAGUGAUUUUAACACCUUACCUCGAUAAUACAGCUUCCGUUUAUUGGCGUUCAAAUUCAAACAUGUCUUUUCGGUUUGCAAACUAGAUGCGCAAAAUGAAUGGUUCUCGAGACACGUUGAAUAAACAUGUAACAUACAUUAAGUUUCAAAAUAAUUAACACCAUCAUCAAACCUUAAAAAAUGUCGUCGGACAAGUUGACGUGGACACUGACGGGAGCGACAGUGGCGUGUGUUUUAGCGGUGUAUGUCGCCUCUGCUCCGCGCGCUGUGCCCGGUGGAGACUCAGGAGAGCUGAUCACUGCUGCUUGUGAGCUGGGGGUGGCCCAUCCUCCAGGAUACCCUCUGUUCACCAUGUUGUCUUCUCUGCUGCUCUUGCUGCUGCCUCUCAGUUCUCCGGCACACAGUAUCAAUGUCCUGUGUGCUGUCUUUGGGGCCGGGGCUAGUGGAGGCCUCUGCUUCACUGUCUGCAGGUUGGCUGGACCUGGUCCAGGGGCUGUCCUGGCUGGUGGAGUGUUUGCAGUGUCCAGGCUGGUAUGGCAGUGGUCGGUUGUGGCUGAAGUCUUUUCUCUUAACAACUUGUUCGUGGGCGUCCUCUUCUCGCUGUCAGCCUGUUUCAACUGUGCAAAGAGUGUUGAGCAGAAGAAGAAGUUUGCUCUGUGGGGGGCGCUGUUCUGUGGGCUGAGCCUGUGUAAUCAGCACACGCUGGUCUUGUAUGUUGUCAUCAUAAUUCCCUGGGCCCUCCUGCACCUCUACACUCAUAAUGGUUUGUCCUUUAUUGGUCUGGUGUCUUUGGGGAUGUGUUUCCUGGCUGGCUUUGUGCCCUACAUCUACCUGCCCAUUUCCUCCUACCUCAACAGAGCUCGCUGGAGCUGGGGAGACCAGACGUCUCUCCACGGCUUCCUCACACACCUGCUCCGAGCUGAAUAUGGCACCUUCAGCCUGGCUAAAACGGAUGAAAAUUUGAGCCUCCUAAAAAUGUUACGGGCUCAGUGGAAUCACUGUGUGAAUGAUCUAUCUUCCCCAGUACUUGUGCUGGCAGUUCUAGGCAUUUUGCUGUCUGUACGGAGCAGAAUUCGCUUUGUUUUUGUCUGGUUGAUUGUCACCAUGGUGAGCAUCUACUCUGUGUUCUUUGCCUGGAGAGCAAACCUGAACAUUGAGAAGCCUCUUCUUCUGGGAGUGGUGGAGCGCUUCUGGCUGCAGGCUGAUGCUGGGGUGUGUGUUCUGGCUGGUCUGGGUCUGAGCUGGGCCGUGUGUUGGCUGAACGGGCGUCUGAGCCGGGGGACGGUGUGGAACACGGGAGCCUGGAUACUCACUGCAGGCCUCAUCUCACACAUGAUCAGCUUAAACCACAGAGAGUGUGAUCAGAGCAGUAAUGACGUCAUGGACAGGUUUGCUCGUGAGGUUGUGUUGUCAUUGCCGGAGGGCUCGUUGGUUCUGACUCGUGGUGAUCUCCCGGGCAACACGCUGCGCUACGUCCACUACUGCCAGGGUCUCCGACCAGAUCUCAGCCUUGUUGACCAGGAGAUGAUGACGUAUAGCUGGUAUGUGGCAAAACUCCAGAAGCAUUUACCUGGAGUCACGUUUCCUGGCCGCUGGUGGGAUCCAGUCAACACCGCAGAAAAGAAAACUUUCAGCAUUGAGCAGUUUCUCAAGCACAAUAUGCACAGGCCUGUGUUUGUAUGUAUUGGUCUAACUGAGGGUGACCCCAGCUGGGAGAGGAGUUUCUCUCGUUGGCCCUGGGGCGUCUGUGAGCAGUUGGUACCUGUCAAGACCCCUUUUGACCCUGAAAAAUGGGCCCAAAAAACACUUGACCUUUACAACUGGAGCCAGCCACAUGACAGCUUUCACCCUGGCUCCUGGGAGAGAAUUGCCAAUGAGGAGAUGUGGCAGGCCAGGAUGAAGACAGCUUUCUUCCUGUUUGACCUGGCUGAGAACAUGGAAAGAGAACAGCAGGCCCGUCUCUAUGAGCUAUCUUACUAUCUGUACUGUCAAAUAGUGGAUGCCCAGGUAGACUACCCGGCGAAUUGGGAUAAGAACCUGGCUCUUGCCGCAGAACGUCUGCUGCAAUCAGGGGGCAGAGGUUACGGUCUAGAUUCCCUCCUGAGUCGCAGCAUCCACCACUUCAGCCGUUACCUUCAGAGAGAACCCACCGAUCCCCAGAGCAAAGCCAUCCGCUCCGUCAUCACACACCUCAGGAAAGAGCGGGAAAAACUCAGAGACAGACAGAAGGGUUGAGACAGAAAGUGACAGAAACUGUCUGAAACAACACAGAGAGUCUUCAAAACACUGAAAACACCUGUGACACAUAGGUGUAGAUAGCACAAGAAGGUAAGAGGGAGGGAGACAAAUAUAAAGAGACAAUACAAAGACCAUGUUUAAUGUGUAUUUUACAAACACUGUGAUUCAUCUCUCAGUUAAAUGAACUCAAAAUGCUAAAACGGACCAAUAUGUCAAAACAUGAGUUUCAUACUAAGAUCUUUUAAAUUGUGAGCUACUGAUCCAUCAUUGUAACCAUUCAUUUAGUUUACGGUCAUGAUUUCAUUAACAAGAUGAUAUAUUGGUCAGUUGCACAAAAUACAGAGAUUAAUUAUAUUUCCUCAACACGCUAAACUCAAACACCCAAGACUAAUUGUUUUUCAUAGCGUAUGCUGCUGUUAUUUGAUUGUCAUUUUUAACCUUAGCCAAUUUGUGUCCUACAUAAGAAGAAUUUUCACAGUGAAGGUAAGGGACUCUGUGUUCUGAACUAAAUUGCUAUGUUUGUGUUUCUUUUGUAAUAAAAUUUCACACUUUCAAUAUGUUAAAA